AAGCACCAACAUAUAGAAAAAGCCCAAGGUCAUAAUGGAACUUAAAACAACCAAAACCAGUUAAAUAAUACUCACUCCAUCACAAAACAGCCAUUGUUACACUUCUGAGGGGGGAGGGAAGAAAAAAAUAUGGGAUCACGAUUCGAGGUGGAGGUGAAGAUCUCAUCAGCUAGGGAUUUGAAGAACGUUAAUUGGCGUUACGGUCGUCUUAAGCCAUAUGCUGUUGUUUGGGUUGAUCCGAAAGGGAAAUGCUCCACCAAAGUAGAUGAUAAUGGCGAUACUUCACCAUCUUGGAAUGAGAAGCUUGUGAUCCCGUUGUAUGCUCCGAUCGAAGAGUCUACUUUGUACAUCGAUGUGGUACACGCUAACGCAACUGAGGGAACAAAGCCUUUGAUUGGUUCAGCUAAGCUUCCGCUCCGUGAGGUUGUUGAUAGCGUCGGAAUCGGUAAUUUGACGGAGAGGUCGCUUGAUUUGAAGCGUCCUUCUGGUCGCCCACAUGGAAAGGUGAAAAUUGAGGUUGCUGUUCGUGAUCCGCGCUAUCGUGCGCCGGAUCCGUAUUACGCACCUCCUUACGGUGUACCUCCACCAGCUGGAUCGAGGGAUUACCCUGCUCCACCGCAACCUUACGGCGGAUCAUACGGUGCUCCUGCCCCUGCUCCUUCCCCUUACGGUGCUCCUGCCCCUGGUGCUUCGCCUUAUGCUGCUCCACCAGCGGGUUACCCGUACAACGCGGCUCCUGCACCGGGUCCAGCUUCCGGUUAUGGUCAACAACCAGGUUAUGGUGGAGCUCCUGCUCCGGGUUAUGGUCAACAACCAGGUUACGGUGCUCCUCCUGCACCGUACGGGCAGCAGGGUAGUUACGGGCAACAGCCUGGUUACCCUCAGCAGGGAAGUUAUGGAUCGCAGGGUAGUUACGGGCAGCAGGGAAGCUACGGGGCGCAGCCUCAGGGUAGUUACGGGUCACAGAAAGCAGGGUAUGGUUACGAGGAGAAGAAGAAGAGCAAGUUCGGUGGGAUGGGCCUGGGUGCGGGACUAGCUAUGGGUGCGGUUGCAGGUGCACUGGGUGGAUUAGCCAUAUCUGAAGGUAUUGAUCACAUAGAAGAUAACAUAGCCGAGAAGGCAGCGGAGAAGGUUGAAGAUGAUCUCGACGAUGGUGGUUAUGACGAUGACGAUUACUAGAUAACUUACCUAACUUGAAUUCGCAUUAUCGGUGUAAUAUGAUUUCUGGCGUACUGAUCAGAUAACAUGUAAUGGAUGCACGUUUUUGCUGUAAUUUCAGUAUCUUGUAUUCAAAAUUUCAUGCUCGUAGUUCAACAAUGUCUACUGCUUCAAUAAUGCUAUUUGUAGUAUUCAGAAAUUGCACUCAAUCUAGUUUUGUUUGAAAUGGUUAA